GUCCUGCAAGCACACGGCUCCUGUACAGGGAGAAGAUAUGAAUAAUAUUAAUGUUCCAAAGACAGAUUGGAGCCUUGAUGAGCAGUAUAAGGCGAACAUUCCUACAGGGAAAAAUCUGAUCAAUAUUAAUUCUACAGGCAUAAAGGAAGAAGAGACAUAUGUGAGCAGUGAUGAGCAGUAUAAGGACAUUCCUACAGGAAAAGAUCCAAUCUAUAUUAAUGCUAAAGACAUAAAGGAAGAAGAAGAGACAGAUGUGAGUAGUGAUGAGCAGGAUAAGGAGGACAUUCCUACAGGGAAAGAUCCAAUCUAUAUUAAUGCUACAGACAUAAAGGAAGAAGAGAAAGAUGUGAGCUGUGAUGAGCAGUAUAUGGAGGACAUUCCUACAAGGAAAGAUCCAAUCUAUAUUAACGCUGAAGACAUAAAGGAAGAAAAAGAGGAGACAGAUGUGAGCGGUGAUGAGCAGUAUAAGGAGGACAUUCCUACAGGUAACCAUCCAGAUGACUGUACCAGAUCAGAGGGGAAUCUUAUAUCUUCAGAUUAUAAAGCAGAUGAUGAUAUCACACAAGAUACAUAUGAAGAACAUUCCAUUAUCCCAGAUACACCCUCAGCCCUUCACAGCCAAAAUCUCUCAUCUCAUCCUGUUAUACAAGUCCGACCUAAAGAUUCAUCUCAGUCUGUUAAGCAAAAUAAGGAGAAGCCAUUUUCAUGUUCAGAAUGUGGGAAAUGUUUUUCUCGAAAAUUAAGUAUUGUUAGCCAUCAAAGAACUCACACAGGAGAGAAGCCAUUUUCAUGCUCAGAAUGUGGAAAAUGUAUUAGACAUAAUUCAAAUCUUCAUAAACAUCAAAGGAUUCACACAGGAGAAAAGCCAUUUUCAUGUUCAGAAUGUGGGAAAUGUUUUACUCACAGAUCAAGUUUUGUUAAUCAUCAAAGAAUUCACACAGGUGAGAAGCCAUUUUCAUGUUCAGAAUGUGGGAAAUGUUUUACUCGGCAAUCACAUCUUGUUACGCAUCAAAGAAUUCACACAGGAGAAAAGCCAUUUUCAUGUUCAGAAUGUGGGAAAUUUUUUACUGACAAAUCAGGUUUUCUUAAUCAUCAAAGAAUUCACACAGGAGAAAAGCCAUUUUCAUGUUCAGAAUGUGAGAAAUGUUUCACUCGGAAAUCACAUCUUGUUAUGCAUCAAAGAAUUCACACAGGAGAAAAGCCAUUUUCAUGUUCAGAAUGUGGGAAGUGUUUUACUCAGAAAACAGAUCUUGUUAAACAUCAAAGAAUUCACACAGGAGAGAAGCCAUUUUCAUGUUCAGAAGGUCGGAAAUUUUAUAACGAGAAAUCAGGUUUUGUUAAUCAUCAAAGAAUUCAUACAGGAGAAAAGCCAUUUUCAUGUUCAGAAUGUGGGAAAUGUUUUACUCGGAAAUCACAUCUUGUUAUGCAUUACAGAAUUCACACAGGAGAAAAGCCAUUUUCAUGUUCAGAAUGUGGGAAGUGUUUUACUCAGAAAACAGAUCUUGUUAAACAUCAAAGAAUUCACACAGGAGAGAAGCCAUUUUCAUGUUCUGAAUGUGGGAAAUGUUUUACUGGGAAAUCAAAUCUUAUCAAACAUCUAAGAAUUCACACUGGAGAGAAGACAAUUGAGAGCAAUAAAUGAUGCAGAUAAGACAUCUAUAUAUUAACCAUGUACAUAGGAUAUCUGACAUUUAUACAUAUAUCAUAUACUGCAUCUCCAAACUUGUCCCCAAUUGUUAAUAAAAGUUUUCUUUUAGAACGUAGUCACCGAUCCAGCGAUGUCAUCACUAUAGUUUACAUGGUAGGAAAAGAGUGUGAUAUAUGGUUGUGAUAUUCACUGCUCCUCAUGGUGAAGCCCCAACAGGCAUAAUCCAUGGGGAGCUGCUACUGGAGACCCAAACACCUCAGAGAGAAGGGACUUAUUCCAGUGAUGAAGAAUUCCAGGACAUGACCAGAUUAGAGACACAAAAUCACUUCUAUCUUCUGGCUUCUAGGACAUUAUUCUGAUGGAAGAACUUUACACAUUAUAAAAAGUCCUAUAGGUGUUGGGGAACAUUUAUAGACAAUUGUUGGCCCCGGCUGGCACGCCCCCUCCCAUAGACUUGCAUUGAGGGGGCAGAGCGUGAUGUCACAUGGGGGUGGAGCCGUGACAUCACAACGCUCCGUCCCCGUGAUCGCCAGUAAUCAGACCCAGAGCGAACAUGCUCCGGGGACUGAUUCUAACAGGGUGCUGCGUGCAAGAUCACCGGGAUCCCCAGCAGUGGGACCCUCGCGAUCAGGCAUCUUAUCCCUUAUGCUUUGCAUAGGGGAUAAGAUGUCUUAGUGCUGGAGUACCCCGUUAAGGACUGAGCCCUUUUUCACCUUAAAGGGGUUCUCCGCCCCUAGACAUCUUAUCCCCUUUCCAAAGGAUAGGGGAUAAGAUGUCA